UUGGUUUGUUAACUUGUUUAGCUUUCUAAAGCGCAAAUUUGGUAUAAUUUACUUUUUACAGGUAUGUACUCAUGUGGCAAAUUGAACUCUAAGCAGUUUAUGUCAAUAAAUAGGAAUCAUCGGGUAUCAAAGUUCAAGAGUGCUCUUAAGCCACAGUGCUGUUAUAUCAGUCUGUGUUUUGUUAAGUGAAGAUUUAACAGUCCAGAGUGUUGUCCUUCCUCCUUCUUGCUGAAAAGUGAAACACGAGCUGAUGUUUAGAUAUUCAGGUCCUUAUCUACUAAUGGUAGGACGUUUAGUUCUACGUCCAGCUGAGGCAACGGCUUUUCGGGUCCUCCUUAGGUCCACCACAGCCAAUCUGGACUUAAAGAGAAGUGCCGGUGGAAAUGCUCCAGCUUCUGUCCCUCCUGGGAACAUCAGAACUGAGGCUGACCUCCCUGAGAUCACUCUUCCCACAAUACUGUACAGGAUGAUCUUUAAAGGGUACUACAAUCACAUGCAUGAGCUGCAGUUAUAUGAAAAGCAGCUUUAUGGCCCCAUGUUUAAAGUAAGAGGUGGCAACGGGUAUACAAUUUCACUGAAUAGUGUGGAGCUGCUGGAGGAGCUGAUGAGGAAAGAUGAUAAAUUCCCUAGCAGAGGAGACAUGACUCUCUGGACUGAAUACCGAGAUAUGAAUGGUUUGGGCUAUGGUCCUGUCACUGAAGAAGGAGAAAAAUGGUACAAACUCCGAUCUGUGCUGAACAAGCGUAUGCUGCAUCCGAAGGACUCUGUGAAGUAUGACAAUGUAGUUAAUGAGGUGAUCACAGAUUUUAUCAAACGGAUAUGCCAUCUACGCAAGAUGAGCUCCACUGGAGACCUGGUACCCAACAUGUCCAAUGAGCUGUACCGUUUCUCUCUAGAAGGAAUCUCCCGCAUAUUGUUUGAGUCUCGUAUUGGCUGUCUAGAGAAUGAGAUUCCAGCAGAGACUCAAAACUUCAUCAACUCCAUUGCCCAGAUGUUGACUUAUACUGCAGCUUUUACUCUGUUACCCAAGUGGACUCGCAAUUUGCCAUUUUGGUGGCUUUACAUAAGUAGUUGGGACGGAAUCUUCAGGUUCGCCUGCAAGCUAAUUGACAGGAAGAUGGAGGAAAUUCAGAUGCGCCUGGAUGCAGGUCAGGAUGUUUCAGGACAGUAUCUCAGCUACUUGCUUUCUAACACCAACAUGAGCAAAAAUGAUGUGUAUGGGAACAUUGCUGAGCUGCUCUUGGCAGGAGUGGACACAACAUCCAACACUAUGAUGUGGGCCUUGUACCUGCUAUCACAAGAUCCAAAGGCACAGGACACACUGUAUCAGGAAGUUAAUAGCAUCAUCAUGGAGGACAAAAUUCCAACAGCUGAGGACAUAAACAGCAUGCUCUACCUCAAGGCUGUCAUCAAGGAGACUCUAAGAAUGUACCCAGUUGUUCCCAUGAAUGCACGCCUUUUAUCGGAAAAUGACGUGAUUAUCGGAGGACACUUCUUCCCUAAGAAGACCACUUUUAGAGUGCAUCAUUAUGCAAUCACUCAUGAUGAGACAAUAUUUCCUGAACCAAGAGUCUUCAAGCCUGAACGCUGGUUACGGGAUGGGAGGGAGCGACCUAGCCCAUUUGGAUCCAUUCCAUUUGGGUUUGGAGUGAGAGGGUGCGUUGGUAAACGUAUUGCUGAACUGGAGAUGCACUUGGGUCUGGCAAGGAUAAUAAAGCUGUUUGAAGUCAAGCUGGAUCCUAAUGUGGGAGAGGUCAAAGCUCUCAGUCGUAGUGGGCUUGUGGCAGACAGAACAGUCAAUUUUCAUUUUCUGGAGCGGAAAAAUGUAGCUACUUAAAGCUGCUCUGAGCUUUAACGUCCACCAAACUAAGCCACUGAAGAAAUCCAUACGUCCUACAUAAAAACACAGUGCCAUGGUAGCACAAUGUAGUACCAUGAUCCUGCCAUAUUGGUAAACUAGGCAGCUGAAUAGCCAAAGCACAGAGACUGUUCUGUCACCUGUAAGGAACUCGAUCUCAGUCAUUCUACCAAUCUUUCUGUAAGUUCACCCUUUAAUUGUGUGUGCAUGUAUUGAUGCACCUGAAAAACACAUACAGCAUAUAUUUUAAUGAUUUAUAUUAUUUAUAUGUAAAGACAAUUUAAUUCAAUAAGUAUUCUCAAAAGAAUUUAAUUACAACAGCUGUUUCACUUUUUCAGUGUGUAUAUAAAAACUGUUAGAUUAAAAAAAAAUCACAUAGUAUCAAUGGUGUGGUAUGCUCAUUUAGAAAUAUGGUCUAAACUAUUAAGAAUAUUCUAUCAAUAUUAUGUACUAUAAAGAGCCAUGAACAUAAUGUGAACAGUUGUGUCUGAGCAUAGCACUAAUUGCAUGUUAAUGAAUUCAGAUGUAUACAUAAGUCAAUAAUUAUUUUUGUAAGACAUGCAUUUUGUAUCUCUGAUAUUUUACACACAUAUACACUGUAUAUACACAUGCAUAUGUAUUGUUUUAUGUUUCCAUUGCACUGUAUGAGAAGUAAUAUAAUAAAGUUCAGUGUAGCACCACCUUACCAGAGAUCCAG